AAAGGAGGUGGAUAGGCAAAGGCAUGAUAAAAAUGCAGCUAUAAAUGGAGCCUUCAUGCCUCGGAGCUAAAUUCGCUCUUCCACGUCCUCCUAUCUCUUGUUAAAAGACUCUCUCGUCCAUUUUCGGUUCCAAUAUGGGGUUGGAUAUAGUCCAAUUUCUUGAAAACAAGACCAUCUUAGUCACCGGAGCUACUGGCUUUCUCGCAAAGAGUACUCUCUCUCUCUCUCUAGUUUUUGUGGAGAAGAUACUCCGGGUUCAACCCAACGUGAAGAAAAUGUAUGUUUUCGUUAGAGCUACGGACAAACAGACAGCGACUCGACGGCUGCAUGAAGAGCUCAUACAGAAGGAGUUAUUCGACGUUUUGAGGAAAGAAUGGCCAGAGAAUUUCAACUCAAUUGUGGGGAGGUUGGAUCCCAUUCCUGGUGACGUUUCAUGCGAGAACUUGGGAGUACAUGAUCUUGAUAUCAGGUCGGAGAUGUGGAGGGAAGUAGACAUCAUCGUCAACUCGGCCGCAACCACCAAGUUCGACGAAAGAUAUGACAUUGCCCUAGCUGUCAAUGCAUUUGGAGCUAAGCAUGUUGCUGAAUUUGCUGCAAGAUGUGCCAAUCUAAAGAUGCUACUCCACGUAUCAACGGCGUAUGUAUGUGGCGAAAUGAGCGGAAUCAUACGAGAAAAGUUAUUCAGCAUGGGCGAGACGCCCAAUGGGUCAAGGGAGUUGGACGUGAAUGAAGAGAAGCUCUUGGUUGAGGGAUUGAUGGAUGAGCUUCGAGAAAAGAGGGCUUCACAAGAGGAAAUCAACAUCGCUUUGAAGGAUUUGGGCUUGCAAAGGGCAAGGCUGCAUGGUUGGCCAAACACGUACACUUUAACGAAGGCAAUGGGGGAAAUGAUGGUGCAGCAUCAUCUCAAACAAAAUAUACCGCUUGUUGUUAUGAGACCCACAAUAAUAACAAGUACUUAUCGAGAACCUUUCGCAGGUUGGAUUGAGGGCUUCCCUCCCAGGACUCUGGAUAGCAUCGCAGUCCGCUAUAGUAGAGGAAGACUCAAAUACUUCCUAGGCAAUCCUAACACGAUACUCGACACGUUACCAGCAGAUAUGGUGGUAAACGCUAUGAUCGUGGCCAUAGCAGUACAUGCUGACCGGCCUAAUUCGAACAUGGUUUACCAAGUGGGUUCCUCGAUGAAACAUCCUAUGACCUGUUCACAUUUUCGAGACAUCGGGUGGAGCCACUUCAAGGAUAACCCUUGGAUCACGGAGAGUGGGAAGCCGGUCAAAGUUCGCAAGCUUAGAUUUAUAGGAAGUAAGGCCAGCUUUAACAAGCACCUGAGACGUUACACUCUCUUAUCCAAGGUGCUGAAAAUAGCCAGCUCAAUGUUUGGCGGGCGUUUCCAAAGCCUGCGUGCUGACCUGGACAAGAAGGUCAACGCUACUGUGCGAUUGGCUGAACUCUACGAACCUUAUGUCUUCUUCAAGGGCAUCUUUGAUGAUACAAAUACAGACGCUUUGAGAGCCACAACCUGUGACAAUGGAGUAAACUUGGAAAGUGUCUUCUACUUUGAUCCGAGAUGCAUCGACUGGGAGGACUAUUUCAAGAGAAUUCAUUUGCCUGGAGUUGUCAAUACCUUCAAGAGCAAGUGAGCAACGAUGCAAUUAAUAUAUUGUCUGCGACAUGCAGUAGUUGACAUUAUGAACUCAGAUGUUUAAUUCUAUCAAAUGUUAAGAUGGAU